UUAAGAGAUAGAGAGAUAGCAGUCCUUGGAGCGCACAAAGCUGCCGAAACUAUGGAUGAGGAGAGCAUAAUUAGCACAACAACACAAAUAGAUUCUGAUCUUGAAGUUCUUCCGGACGAAGUCCCACCCUUUCGCAUAGCCAUAAAUCCUAUAUUGCUUCAAUCAGCAAGAUCAGGGGACAGAAGAAUUCUGGAUGAGUUACUACGACAAGGAGAUACCUGUUGCCUCCUUGGAGUUACACUGGAGGGGAACACAGCCCUCCAUAUAGCUGCUAGCCGAGGACAUCGCGAGAUUGCUGAGAUUUGUCAUAGAGAGAUCUCUCUUUUUACAGCACCAAACACGAGGCUGGACACUCCAUUGCAUUGUGCUGCAAGGGCUGGGUAUGACGAGGUGGUCACCUCCAUCAUCGAAUUUGCAAAGCAGAAAGGGAUCGAAGAAAGAGUGCUGCGGGCGAGGAACAGGGACGAGGCGAAUGCUUUGCAUGAGGCUGCCAAAUAUAACCACGUGGGCGUGGCCAGUGUACUGAUGGACGAGGAUGUCGGACUAGCAUCUAUGUUGAACGAAGCUGGCAUGUCUCCGCUCUAUCUGGCCAUCGCGAUCGGAUCCCUCGAUGUAGCUAGAGCCUUGCUACAAUCAUUCUCCAUGGAGAUUGAUUCUCCAGCAUAUUACGCCGGCCCUAACAAGAACACGGCGUUGCAUGCAGCAGUCCUCCUGAGUCCAGAAAUUACACGAGACUUAUUGGUUCGGAAGCCAGAGCUCGCCAAAGGUGUCGGUUUCUUGGGGAGAAUUCCUCUUCAUUAUGCAGCUUUAUAUGGUCAUCAUGAUACGGUGGAGCUAUUAUUAGAGCGACAUCCCUCUACGGCCUAUCUUUCAGAUGCCGAUGGCUCAUUUCCCAUACACAUGGCAGCUAGUAAGGGAAACGUUCGUAUACUUCAACAGAUUUUAAAACAGUGCCCGGAUAUAGAUGAAUUAUUAGACAAGGAGGGAAAUAAUUUUCUUCAUGUCGCUUUCAAAUGUGGAAGGUUAGAUGCGGUCAAGAAAAUUAUCUCCAGGAGACCGGAUCUCAGUAAGCUGUUAAAAGACCCGGAUAACGACGGAAAUACGCCGUUACACACGGCUGUUAAAAACGGUGCCCAGGGGAGCGUGCAUUUUCUUCUCCGGGACAAAACCGUAUGCGUCGACGUUAUCAACCACGACGGCUUCACCCCUCUCGACUUGGCGUACGGAAUGUUGGAUAAUAAAGACCUGCAAUUCCGGACGAAUACAGCAGAAGUUUGCAUUGCUAGCUGCCUGGCUUUAACAAAGGCUCCGACCAGUCCCCGAGAAUUGCGCGAUUUAGAAAGCGGUGAAUUAACCGGUGAUGAGACCAAAGAGAGACUGUCCGGCGACGAGGGCAAUGAAAUCGGGAGACAUGUGAAUUUCGCCAGAAAUCUCGGGAUUGCUACGGUGUUGAUUGCUACGGUCACAUUUGCUGCUGGUUUCACCCUCCCCGGGGGGUACAUAGAUGAUGAUCAUCCAGGCCGUGGCACAGCAGUUCUAGCAAAAGAGUAUGCCUUCAAGGUAUUCCUAGUCUCAGAUGCCACCGCGUUGGUCUGCUCCAUUGUAGCCACAUGCUGGCUUAUGUAUGCAGGAACGUCGAUAGUUGAUACACAUACUCGCAUACGAGCCCUUUGGGGGGCUAUAAAUUGUCUAUGGGUGGCAUUUGCGGGCAUGUGCACUGCAUUCGCCAUGGGUAUAUAUGUAGUGUUGCCUCCCAGCUGCAAGCGUAUCAGCAUUCUUUUAUGCAUCACUGCUCUCGGAGCCCCUCUUUUAGCUCAGAUGGUGGCAAAUUGUAACCUCCUUAGUUUGCUGAAAACAGUAAUAAUCAGGCAAGGGUAUAGACAAUGUAUUUGCCCAACCAUACACCCGCAUGAUAAGAAACGUCUUGGUCAUGCUUUGCUGCCGCCCGGUGGACGUCUCUAUACUUUGCUGCUCGAGACAUUGGGCCUUUAUCUUCUCUUUUUCCUGUCAGCGAUGCUCUAGGUGUGUAAAAAUCGAAACUAUUGGAAGCAGCAGUUGUCAGCAUGCAUGGCUGACAGAAGUCCAAAAAUAGCUUGUGGAUUGCAUCGGGAGUAAUAUUUUAAUUAUUUUUUAUUUUUCACAUGUAAAAUCUUCUGUCUCUAUGCUAAAAAUAUUAGCUUUUAUGGACGUGGCAAUGAAAUGUUUGUUCUCUUGCUCUCUUGUAAA